AUGUUUGCGUUGCUCUUAGACAGCGAGUAUGUGCAGAUUCGUCCAGAGGGAGGAUCCGCCAAGGACAAAGAGCAGUACCAGCCAUGCCACGACGAUUUUGCCAUGUAUCUUAAAAUUUGCCUUUGGGAUUCGCAGACACUACAGCACUCGAGGAUCCUGACUCUGGUACCAAGAAAGCUGAAAGGCCAACUUGUCGUCCCCAAUGGCUUACUCUCGAACAAAGGAUGGGGCAUGCAGCCAGUUGAUUACAUCGAUGGCCGGCUUAUUGAGCUCAUAGGCUCCUGA